UUAUUGUUGUUGUUUUGAGUGCCUUUAAAUUGAAAUUUUUAAACUUUCUUUAGAUAAUUCGCAAAACUUUGGCUGCAAAAAAACGGAUAAUUCAUCAAAACACUCAAGCGGUUUGUUAUAAAUCAUAGAAUGCCGCCAACAAUUAAUAGUGCCGCAAUUCCAGCUGACAAAAGGGCGCAAAGGCCUGCAGAGAAGAAAUCUGAUCUAAUAUGCCGGAUUAAAUAUGGCAAUAAUUUGCCGGAUAUACCAUCCGAUUUGAAAUUUUUGCAAUAUCCAUUCGAUAGUCAUCGUUUCGUCCAAUAUAAUCCGACUUCACUGGAGCGAAAUUAUAAAUACGAAGUAUUAACUGAACACGAUUUAGGUGUGACCAUCGAUUUGAUUAAUCGUGAUUUAUAUCAAGCUGAUCCGUAUGCUCAAUUGGAUCCAGCUGAUGAGAAAUUGUUGGAAGAAGACGUUCAUACACCUCAUGAUUCAGUUCGAUCUAGGCAACAUUCGCGCAGUGUUUCUUGGUUGCGCAAAUCUGAAUACAUUUCCACCGAGCAGACUCGCUUUCAGCCUCAGAAUCUUGAGAACAUUGAGGCCAAAGUGGGUUAUAAUGUGAAAAAAUCUCUACGUGAGGAAACUUUGUAUUUAGAUCGCGAAGCUCAAAUUAAGGCGAUUGAGAAAACCUUUAGCGAUACGAAGAAUGAAAUUAGUAAACAUUAUUCUAAGCCGAAUGUGGUGCCCGUAGAAGUCUUGUCAGUAUAUCCAGAUUUCAACAAUUGGAAGUAUCCUUGCGCUCAGGUCAUUUUCGACAGUGAUCCGGCAACAGUGGGCAAAAAUGUACCCGCACAGUUGGAAGAAAUGUCUCAAGCAAUGAUUCGCGGUGUUAUGGAUGAGAGUGGAGAACAAUUUGUUGCUUACUUUUUACCAACGGAAGUCACUUUGGAAAAGAGACGUUCAGAUUUUGCUGAGCAGAUGCUCUAUAAAGACGAUGAAGAAUAUGAAUAUAAGAUUGCUCGCGAAUAUAAUUGGAAUGUAAAGAGUAAAGCUUCCAAGGGUUAUGAAGAAAACUAUUUCUUCGUAAUGCGUCCUGAUGGCGUAUUCUAUAAUGAGCUUGAGACUCGAGUACGUCUGAAUAAAAGGCGUAUGAAAGUUGGUCAACAGCCAAGCAAUACGAAAUUAGUAGUAAAGCAUCGCCCAUUGGACGCCAAUGAACAUCGCAUGCAACGUUAUCGGGAACGGCAGUUGGAACCAGCCGGUGAUGAAGAUGAAGAAGAGGAAGAAAUGGUAGUUGAUGGGGAUGGGGUGGAAGAAGAGCAACCACAAGAGUUACAAGAGGACGAUAACGAUAAACCUAAGCCGUCGGAUGUAGAAGAAAAAUCUAGAGAUCGAAAGUCGCGUUCUCGUUCCAAGUCUCAUGCCAAAUCGCAAUCCCGUUCACGCUCUCGUUCAGGUUCAAGAUCGGGAUCUGAUUCAAGAUCUGGAUCGGCUUCGGGCGAUUCCAGGGCGUCUUCCAGAUCACGGUCCCGUUCGAAAUCGGGCUCACGCAGCCACAGUCCCAGUCGCAGUCGUUCGCGCUCGAAAUCUGUUUCACGUUCCCGCUCUCGCUCACCUUCGAAAAGUCGUUCACGUUCGGCGAGUCCGGCCAGUAAUGCAGGCGCUUCCGAAAAGUCUGGUUCACGUUCACCCACAGCUUCAAGAACAUCACGUUCACGUUCUCACUCGAAAAGCGUUUCUCGGUCGCGCUCUCGCAGCGGAUCUGGUUCACGUUCCGCAACACGAUCACGAAGCCGCAGCCCAAGCGGCUCAGGAAGUGGCUCUGCCUCUUCGAGUGGUUCAGAAGACGAUUAAUUUGUUAUUUGAAUAAAUGGAAUUUUUAAUUUUCUCCCCAAAAAGGAUUUAAAAAAAAAAAAAACAA